AUUUCUUUUCCUUCGCACAUCGAAAUAUCGCGUAAACUUCUUCUGGGACAAUAAGUUUUGCGUUGCAAAUUUAAUUAUUCGACACGGGAAACGAAAAUAUAAUCGGGAAACGGUAAAAAAAAUGAACGAAUCCGUUGAAAACGCUACGUCGAACGUGGGCCACGUGGCGAAGCGUCUCACGCCGGAGGAAAUCGAUAAAAUGCGGACGCAGGAUUCUCGCCUGGUGUCCGAGUUUCGCGCGAGUCAACUCGAGAGGGACGCGAAGAAGCACUGGGAUUUGUUCUACAAGCGGAACGAUACCAGAUUUUUUAAAGAUAGGCAUUGGACCACGCGGGAGUUCGACGAGUUGCUGGGUUUGGGCGGCAACGGGAAUCAAAAUGUCCUCCUCGAGGUGGGCUGUGGGGUCGGCAAUUUCGUUUACCCGUUGAUAGAGGAUGGACUGAAAUUUCGGAGAAUAUUCGCGUGCGAUUUAUCCACGCGGGCGAUCGAGUUGCUUAAGAGUCACACGUUAUUCCACCCAGAAACAAUGAAAGCCUUUCAAGCGGACGUUACGUUAGAAAAUUGUUUCGCCGAAAUUGAUUGUCCAAUUGACGUAGCAACUUUGAUCUUUGCACUAUCAGCUAUUCAUCCUGAUAAAUUUCACAAAGUUGCCCAAAAUAUAUUCAACGUUCUUGGUAGUGGAGGAAUAUUGCUAUUUAGAGAUUACGGGUUGUACGAUAUGGCACAAUUACGUUUUAAACCUGGGCACAAGAUUAGUGAGAAUUUUUAUAUGCGACAAGAUGGAACCAGGAGUUAUUAUUUUUCUGCGGAACAAGUAGCAUGUCUAUUUGAAUCUGUUGGUUUUCAAACAUUGGAUUGUGGCUAUGUACAAAGACGUACUGUAAAUUUAAAAGAGAAUAUUGAUGUUCCGAGAAUUUUUGUUCAAGCAAAAUUCAAAAAAUCUUGAAUAUAAAAUGUGACAUAAAAAAAUGAUACUGUGUAAUUCAGUAAGACUUGUGAUGAACUCUAUGAGGAAAAUUUGAAUUCUAAAUAUGAUUUAAUCAUCAAUAGAAAUUAUAAUCGACAUCCAAGAUACUAUAGUUCAAUAACACUUGUAUGAGGAACAUUUUAAUUUUCAAACAUGAUUUUAAUGAUAUUUAAUAGAAGUGUAUAAUGGCGCAGUCAACAUCCAAGAUAUCUCGGAAAGAAAACAAGACAAAUAGAGUACAUUUUAAAUAUACGAAGAAAUGAUGAUGCAUGGCUUCAAAAAAUGAUUAAUUCGUCAGAUCUAAAGUUUGAGUCCAAUUUUUAUAUCACUGUUUACAAGAGAUUGAUUAAAAAAAUCAAGUUUUGAGGAAAGAAUAAAUUAAUAUAUACUGAAAUUUCUAUGAUUUUUAAUAUGGAUAAUAUUGACACAAAUACAAAAUGUAUAUAGUCUAUUGAUUUGCAUUUUGCAAUACAGCGUGGAUGUUGUGGAUAUACCAAGUAAUAUAUUAAGAUAUUAAAGCAUUUUUAAAAUUUUAUAAAUAAAUCUUAUUGUUAUAUACUAUA